CGCGGCGAAUGACUCUGCAGCUCUAUCCUAUGGUUCUUCGGCUCUCUGCUCUAAGUUAGGACCAUAUACAACCUGGAUCAAGAGGUCGAGGCCUAUUAUCAUCUGGAACUUCAAUCCAAAUCUGAAUCGUGGGCACUUGGUGACGGUGGAGUAGAUUUAGCAAAGACAGCGAGACAUUCGUUCGGGAAAGCAAAACACCAAGUCGUAUCUGCAGCUCGCGAUCUCAAGGAAAGGAUUAGUGUGCAGGGAAGUGCCACAACCUUUGAUAUGGCGUACAUUCUCCUGAAGGACAAAGGAACAGGCAGAGAAGGCCACUCGUGUGUUGGGUGUGCCUGUUCCUCGGCAGAUACAUACCACUCCCUGUCGAGUUCUGAAAGGAGAACUGGUAACAGGCAUACCUCCUGAGGAUAGAGUACAGCGAAAUGACGGCCUGAUGCCUCAUAACUAUCGCACUCUUACUAAAGACUCCCCUGCCACCUUCUACCAUGAUGAUGCUGCUGAACAUGACCUGUCUCCCCUGACACCAAAUGACUAUGAUGUUUUGGCUGGUAUCAAGUCAACAUAUGCCAGGUACCAAUUCUUCAUUGAGGGAGGGAGGCUGGACUGGGCUAGCAAGUUAAAGAAGGGAGACAAAGUGAUGGUGGAGCUGCCGGUGGAAGGUGGAAGAGCUACACCUGGAACAGGUCCCAGAGCCUCUGCUGUGGUCAGAUAUGUUGGACCUGUGAAGACCCUACCAGGAAUCACAUUUGGAGUGGAGAUCAAGGACCACACUUACUUUGGGUGGGGAACGUCAGAUGGUGUCUUCCAGGAUGAGGAGCACUUCAGAUGUAAGAAGGGCUGUGGUCUGUUUGUCUCUGCAGAGAAGCUCUUUCCAGUGAGCACCAUACCAGCUGGUAGUCCUCACCCUGCCCAGCGACGUGGAGGAAAGCAGGGUCCUCACAUGGGGCAAGUGUGACUCCACACUCCAGCUAUCGCUACAAGAUCGGGGAUCGUGUGGCAGUCUUCACAAAGAAGGGAGUUGCUGUCCAUGGCACCGUGAAGUGGGUGGGGCUGUAUAGCUUUACUGUGAAUAAGAAAGAGUAUUCACACAAGUCAGUUGGAAUUGAAACAGACGUGAAGGUGAAGACAAAUGAGGUGGAGGGAUUUCCAGUGAAGCCUUAUUUUACUCCAGCCAAGGACAGGGGUGCUGUGUACUUAAGUGAAGAUGAGGUGCUUCCAGAAGCUGAUCUUGUGGAAGAGAGGGUUCCAGUCCAAGACCGUCCUGUGGACUUGAAGCGAAAGAAUCUGCUCCGUGAAGCUGACCCAGAGCAUGUCCCAGAGAGAGGCAAGUCAGCUGCUCUUGCCAAGGAAGCAGGGAUCAAAACAGAGUUGAUAAGGCAGGAUGCAGCUGCCUGGAGAGAAAUUGAACAGUGGAGGAAAGGGGAAGAAGAGGAGAGGAGGCAGGGGGAGAUGGAGGAAAUCAGACAAGCUGUGCCGGACGAGACCCUGAAUAUCUCUGGACAGGAGGAGCGGCUGCGACAGAUAGCUGCAGAGCGACUUCGUGUGGAGGAACAAAUCAGUGGAGGGGGAGAUGGUGGGGGAGAUGGUGGGGAGGGAAGAGGCAGGAGGGGAGGUGGAUUGAAUGGGAGAGAGAGAGAAAUGGAAAGGAAAGAGGGUGGGUAUGUACCACAAAAAGAGCACACGUAUGAGAUUUUGCCUGGUGAACACGAAGAGAAUGUUGUACAACGCAACCGUCGACACAACCAGUUCCAAGACAAGAAUUAUCCACCGCCAACUCAAUUUAACCCAGCCACUGAGUCUCGGCAGUAUUGGGACUCUCGCAGUGGGUCCCAUCCUCAGGCCCCACCUGCUGCAGCCAGCUAUCAACCUGGUCUUCACGAGUCAACUGGGUCUUCUUACCCCCAUCCUGCAUCCUCACGUUCCUCCCAGUCUGGUGACCAGCACAGUGUGGCUGCUGGUCUGGGGCAACCUCCAGGGCAGCACAGAGCGUAUGCUGGUCCUCCAGGUCAACCCACUCCAGCUCUGGAGGUUGGAUCUCCUGUACAACUAGUACGGGACUCCAGUCGUCAUGGAGUGGUCAGGUGGCUGGGAACACUACCAGAGAUACAGGGAGCCAUAGCUGGAGUGGAGCUGGAUGAGCCAAUGGAUGGAUGUGGAGAUGGAGAGUGGAAUGGUCAUCGUUACUUCACCUGUCUCCCUGGGAGAGCCUUCUUCUGUCCUGUCACUUCUCUCAGACCUGACCCCAGGAUUCCUCCAGCUACACAACCAGCUCAACACGGAGGACAGCCUGAUACGAAUCCUCUAAACAAAGUACCUGACUGGGAGUCUGAGGACCAGCACACAGCUGGAGACCAGAUACAAAAGUACACUGGAGAGAGGAGAGGGAUCCAGGGUCACCAGAACUCCUGCUAUCUUGAUGCCACCAUAUUUGGCCUGUUUGCUCUCAGUGAUGUCUUUGACUCUCUCUUCCUCGACAAAUUCAAGAGCCUCACACUAACUUCUCUCCAGCCAGAAACUCCGACAGCUAAUGUCCAGAAGGAGGUAGGGGCCAUGCUGUGGAAAGGCAUCGUCAACCCUCUCAGAAAGAACGGAGCAGUGAGGUUUGAGUCGGUGAUGAGACUGAGGAACAAACUGGAGGAACUGGGGAAGAUGGAGGGAAUCACUGCUAAAGAGAAAGAUCCUGAGGAAUUUCUGAACAUGCUCUUCAAACACACUCUACAUGUGGACCCAUUCAUCCACAUCAAACGACCUUCUGGAACUGAACCAGAGUUCUUUAUACAGUUGUUUGUGGAGUUUGACAAAUCUCUAAAAGUCCCAACAAUUCAGGCACUCCUGCGUAAUAUGUUCAAAGAGCAGCACAUUUCAUUUUCUGAGGUCCCGUCAAAGCUGUUGGUUCAGGUUCCAAGGUAUGGGAAGCAGUUCCAGAUUUACAAGAGGAUCGUUCCUGGGAUUAAGUUGGACCCCACCCCUCUUAUGUGUAACCAAGACACCUGUUUCAUCUGUGGAGAAACCGCCCCUGAACAACUGUUCCGAAUGCAUGGGAGAUUUCAAUGCUAAAGAAACAGUUCAUUUCUGUGACCACUGCAAUGCCUGUGUGCACAAGAACCCGAAACGUGUGGCCCACAAACCAGAGAAGAGGGAGGAUCUUCCGGAGUUGGAGUUGUUGUCAGUGUUGUGUAUUGAGACCAGUCACUACGUGUGUUUCUCUCGAGACAGUGACGGAAGAUGGCUCUUCUUUGACAGCAUGGCCGACCGCCUCUAUGACCAGUUCAACAUUCCCCGAGGAGUGGAGUGCACAGCCCAGCUGAAUGAGUGGGUGUAUGAGGGAGACCAGGAGAGGCUGAUGGCAGCUGGACCCAGGGAGCUCCCUGAACUGGUCCGCAGGUUCACUCAAGACGUCUACAUGUGUGUCUACAUACAGCCGGACUAUGGAAUGUACGGAUGAACUUGCUAUUAUAGUUCGCUGUAAAAUAUUUUUUCGAGCAGA